AUGCAUUUGUCGCCGGCACCGGAGGAAAAUAUCGACGUGCUGAGCCUGUCCGUCUCUCCAACUCCAUCGCUUGACUCAACGAAUUCACAGGUUUCAACGAAUUCACAGGAGGAGACGCCCAAGGUGGUGAGGCAAUUUUAUUGCCAGCGCUGUACCAAUCAUGGAGUGUAUUCCAUCCGAAAAGGCCACAAACCGUUUUGCCGAUGGGCGAACUGCCCAUGCAAGGCGUGUCGAAUGAUCGAAACAAGACGACAAGUGAGUUCUCGGCUGCCGAAGGCGCAUGUCCGUUCGCCGACACUAACAAUUGUCAAUGGGCAGAAAAUGCGUGCUCCAAAAUGCAAUCGUUGCUUGGCACACGAUGAUACAACGAAUGGACAACAAAUUGAAACAAAUCACAAUUAUGGAGGCGAUGGGAAGAAUGUCGAGGAGCAGUUAGCCCCUUCACCGCCGCUGCUAGCCCCGAAGCCUGUCUUGCCCUUGACCGCCGCGUUGAUGAAUGGGAUGUCCGCCAUGUCACUCUCCCCACCACUCGCAUUGACGACCUCCCCGCCGCCGCCCAUCCUCCUGCCCGCCUCGCAAAUGAUGAGCUCAUUCUCUUCGAUGCCAGCCAGCUUCUCGGAAUUCUCGGCAAUUUCCUCGGUUCGUCAUGGUCGUCCUCGACACUCGCAGAGUCAAGGAUCUGUAGAAAGAGCAAACCAGGAUGUUGAGAAAAUUCUAUGUACGCAAUUGAGGGAGCAACAAUCAACAAGAUGGGCUCGAAUUCUUCCGAUUGUCCAAUCAAUGAAGAAUCAACGUUAUCACCGAGGCAUUGGGCGAUCACCUUACGAAGCAAUGUUUGGUCGAAAAAUGCAACUUGGGUUUCUUGAUACAAUCGCACUAUCGAAUGCCGAGCGAAGCAUCGACGACAACGAACAAGAUACAGAUGACGAAGAAGAUGCUAUUGCGAAAGAAAAAGAAGGAGAUUUUGUUCGACGGGACAAAGAAAUUUCGCAUCAUGCAAUGGAGCGGCUCUUCAACAACAGAAACAGGCCGAAAAGAUGCUUGAAAAAUCCAAAAACAGAUUUGGUGCUGUUGAGGUCGGACAAACUGUUCGUUUGCCAAUCGAUGCAGUGGAUCGUCCGAAAAUCGGCCAUUCAACGCUCUUCGGUGUCGUCAUGGAAGAAAACCAGGGAUUCUAUCAAAUCUGCACCGCUAACGGUAUUCUACAGCAAAGAU